ACCUCGUGACGCCCUCCUCCCCAUCUCCGAUUCCUCCUCGGCCCGCGAUUCCUUCUCUCCUCGCCGCAUCCCCGUCCCCGUGCCCUUCUCCAAACUCCGCCAUCCCCGUCCCGUACUCCCUCCCUUGGAAAAGAUCAAUUGGAGGAGUAAUUCCGGCUUCAUCCGGUGGUGGCGAUGCCGGAAAAGAUCGUUUUUUUUUUCGACGGGAGGAGUAAUUCCGGCUUGAUCCGGUGGUGCCGAUGCCGGAUCCUGCGACGGCGCCGACGCGAGCCACCAAGGGCCGUGGACUCCCUCUCCGGCUGCGAUUCCGCCAAACCCUGUCGUCUCGGCGUCCCAGCGACCAUCUCCGAGGCGGAUAAAAUCGUUUCUUUCGGUAGCAGCCCGAGGAGAAGGCCCGGACAAAUCCUCGGAGCAGUAAGCCCGCCGCUCCAGCACCUUUCCUCACCGCCGUCGUCAUCAAGAUCACAAGAGCAGGACUCUUUGGACGGUGCUGAAGAUUGACCGGUUGGAGUCUAUUGAUUUGGGUAUCCAGGAGUAUCCUACUAGUUACACGGAGAAUUGAUUGUCAAGAACUAAUUUGGCGGAUUCACGAGGGAAAUAGGUUUUCUGAAGUUUCUUGGUCCUUACUACAUGGUUCCAAUUACCAGGAGAAGAAAAGUUGGCAGAAUCUGUGGUCAUUAUAUUUUUAUUCAAUUGGAAAGAGUGAAAUGGUUGCAAUAGAAAUCUGCAUUUAAGUCUUCAGCUCUCAUAUUCUUUUUGUGGUUUAUUUAUUUAUACACUCAGAGAGAGGACUGGUUAGCUUAGGCCAUCGGAGUAUCUGUUUGAUUGAUGUGAUGAAUUUCAAUUCUGCCUUGGAGUAUUUAUUUAUUGAGCUUUACCUGUCUUUUUCUCAGGUUCUCUUGGUGGUCGGAAUUUUGCAAGGUGAAGUUGGUCCUAUGAUUUCUGUCAUGAAAAUUGAAAUGACACGUUUGGAGUCUUGUUCGGAUGUCGGUGGUUUACAUGUUCCAAUUCAAGAUAUUAAAGAACCAGUUGAACUUCCCGAGCUAUAUGAGGACAUUGGAUUUAGGCCUCUCAAGGUAGUCAUACUGUAUGGGGAACAGGGAAAGCUCUACUUGCAAAGAUUCUUACACCAAAGGAUCACUAUAUGCCAAGACUUCGAGGAUGAUAAGAGCGGAAGAUUUGGAUUUAAUUGUUAGGCUCGAUGGCUCAAAAUACGACAAGGAAUCAACUGAAAGAGGAACAUGUAUGAAUCGUACGGAAGAACUACUAUAUGCUAUUAAGUUGUUUCAUCGCUGCGAGGGUCUGGUGUUCAACGACCUCCCUGUGCGUUCACGAGCUCCGCCCCUGCGUUCGUGGGUGAGCACAAAUGACAUCUCCUCCUCCCCCAUUCAUUUGCUCUGUUCCGGUCUUUGUGCCGAUGAAACUUGCUAG